AUGACCACAAGCAACGAACAUGAACCAAGAAGAGAAACAACAAGUCCGCCUUUCCCAUUCCGAGGAUCUUCCCAAGCCUCAAGCCCUCGCAAAAUUGCCCCUGAUGGUGGCUACGGCUGGAUCGUCACGACCUCCAUCGCAAUCAUCUACGGGCACUCAUGGGGCAUCAGCGCAGCUUACUCCGUAUUCCUCGCCCACUACAUCAGAUCCGAUACCUUCCCCGGCACAAGCGCACUCGUCUACGCUGCCAUCGGCUCCCUUUCCAUAGGAGUCACCCUCGUCAUUUCACCGCUAGCUACAAUCAUGGCACGCGAGUCGGGGACCAGACCUACAAUGCUCCUCGGCGCCGUGCUGCAGUCCGCCAGUCUCGUUUGCGCAAGUUUCUCAACCCGGAUAUGGCACCUCUUUCUCUCGCAGGGACUUCUAUUCGGCAUCGGGAUGGGACUGCUAUUCUUGCCUUCGUAUGGUAUUGUAGCGCAGUGGUUCACUGCCCGGCGCGCACUAGCCAACGGCGUCGCUAUCGCGGGCGCGGGACUAGGCGGCUUGACGUACUCGCUCGCCGUGGGCGCCAUGAUGGACAGCAUGGGAUUACUCUGGGCCUACCGCGUUCUCGCCAUCGUCUCCGGCAUAGCGAACGUCGUUUCAAUCCUUCUUAUCCGGACGCGCUAUGGAGAGACUAGAGCAAAACGUUUGGCUCUGGAUGUCUCUCUGUUCAAGAGGGUGGAUUAUCUCCUGAUUCUGGGCUUUGGCGCGUUCAGCAUGCUUGGAUACUUCAUCCUAAUCUUCACAUUGGCGAACUACGCAAACGUCAUCGGCUUGGACCCCUCUCAGGCUUCCCAAGUCUCGGCAGUCUUUAUGCUCGGUCAGGCGGUAGGACGUCCCGCCAUCGGAUGGCUGAGCGAUCGGUUCGGGCGGAUCAACGUCACGUUUUUGAUGACUUUGGGUACAGGGAUACUCUCUCUCGUCUUCUGGGCCAACGCAAAGUCGUUUGAGGCGUUGAUCACGUAUGCUCUUGUCGUGGGCCUUCCCGCCGGAGUUUUCUGGGUUAAUGCAGCGCCUGUGAUUGCUGAGGUUCUGGGUACGGAGAAUCUGGCGUCCGGUCUAAGUCUGUUGUGGUUGAUGAUGGUUGUACCUUCUACCGUUAGUGCGCCUGUCGCGUUGGUGAUAUACAUGAAGACGGGAGCGUAUCUUGGGGCUCAGUUGUUCACAGGGUUCACAUUUGUUGCUGCUGCGGUUUGUGUUUUUGUUUUGCGGCGAUAUCAGAUCAGAGUUCGAAGAAAGGCGUCAGGAUCCACCCCCGAUUCUUCGGAAGAAGAUGGAACAGGAAUUCCAAGCUUCAGGAGGAGCAAGGGUCUCAUGAGACUAUUUACUUGUUGUACGGUGGUAUGA